AUGAGUUCAGGCGGACAAGAUGCGAAACUGUUUGCGCGGGGCAAGGUCGCCGAGCUGCGCCUCGAGCUGGCCAGUGGCGGUAAGAAGGACAAGAACCACUCGGCCAAGAAGAUUGCCCUGAAGAAGAUUGUCGCCAACAUGACCAUGAGCAAUAACGACAUGGUCGCCCUCUUCCCGGACAUUGUCAACUGCAUGAACAUCCCCAGCCUCGAGAUCAAGAAGAUGUGCUUCCUCUACUUGGUCAACUAUGCGCGCAUCAAGCCCGAGAUUGCGCUCAAGGCGCUACCAAUCAUUAUCAACGACAUGGACGACCACAACCCGCUCGUGCGCGCCCUCGCCUUGCGCACCAUUUCGUACAUCCAUGUCCGCGAGUUCAUCGAGGCGACGGUGCAGCCGCUGAAGCAAUUGCUCAGAGACACCGAUCCCUACGUCCGGAAAACGGCGACCUUCUGCGUCGCAAAGCUGUACGAUCAUGACAAGCACCUGGUCGAGCACUCGGACCUCAUCGACAGGCUCAAUAGCAUGCUGCGGGACGAAAAUCCCACGGUUGUGUCGAGCGCGCUGGCCAGUUUGAUGGACAUUUGGGAAAGAAGCGAGAGCAUCAAGCUCACCAUCGACUACUCGAGCGCCUCAAAGAUUGUUCAGAUUCUACCGGACUGCUCAGAAUGGGGCCAAACCUACAUCCUAGAGGCCAUGAUGAACUAUGUACCCCAAGACACCUCGGAAGCAGCAUUGCUCGCAGAGCGCAUUGCCCCCCGGCUUUCGCAUUCCAACUCGGCCGUUGUGCUCACCUGCAUACGGGUCAUUCUCUACCUCAUGAACUACAUUUCGGACCAAAAAGUCAUCUCCUCCCUUUGUAAUAAGCUCUCCCCACCUCUCGUCACACUUCUCUCCAAGGGUCCCGAAAUCCAGUAUCUAGCCCUCCGUAACGCUCUUCUAAUCCUCCAAAGGCGGCCGGAAGUCCUCCGGAACGACAUCCGCGUCUUCUUCUGCAAAUAUAAUGACCCCAUCUAUGUAAAGGUGACCAAGUUGGAACUAAUAUUCAUGCUUGCGACGGAAAAGAACAUCAACGAGGUUUUGACCGAGCUGAGAGAAUACGCGACGGAAAUCGAUGUCGACUUUGUGCGCAAGUCCGUACGAGCAAUCGGCAAGCUCGCGAUCAAGAUCGAACCCGCCGCAAGAAUGUGCAUCAACACGCUGCUCGAUUUGGUCGCGACCAAGGUAUCAUACAUUGUCCAAGAAGCGACGGUCGUCAUCCGCAACAUUUUCCGCAAAUACCCCAACCAGUACGAAUCCAUCAUUUCGACGCUGUGUGAGAACCUCGACUCCCUGGACGAGCCGGAGGCGAAGGCAGCCAUGAUCUGGGUUAUCGGGCAAUAUGCCGACCGCAUCGACAACUCGGACGUCCUCCUCGACGACUUCCUGUACACGUUCGCCGACGAGCCGCACGAGGUGCAACUUGCGCUUCUCACAGCGACCGUGAAGCUCUUCAUCCAGCGGCCGACCAAAGGACAAGACCUGGUGCCCAAGGUCCUACGCUGGGCGACCGAAGAGACGGACAACCCAGACCUGCGCGACCGGGGGUACAUGUACUGGCGGCUGCUGUCGUCGGACCCGGCAACGGCGAAGAAAGUCGUCAUGGGCGACAAACCGGCCAUCACAGCCGAGUCGGAGAAGCUGGACCCGGUGACGCUGGAGGAGAUGUGCCUGAACGUGGGCACGCUGGCGACCGUCUACCUCAAGCCGGUGCAGCAAGUGUUCCGCACGGCGCGCGUGCGGCGCGUGCCGGACUCGCCGGCGCUGCAGCGCGAGCAGCUGCCGACGACGCAGGCGCAGGCGCAGAUCAAGCGCAGCAUGACGAUGCCGGCGCUGGACACGGGCAUGGCGGCGGCGAUGGCGGGCGGGGCCGCCGGGCCCGCGAGCGCACACCCCGGCGGCGGCAACGUCUCGGCCGCGGCCGACGCGGCGGACCUCUAUUUCGCGGGCGUAGGCAGCCAGCAAAUGGCGAGCAUGAGCUUGGCGGGUGGCGGCAUGGACAUGGGCGGUGGCAUGGGCUUCGAUGCCGCUAGCCCCGUCUCGGGCACCCAGCAGAACAUGUACGUCGUUAAUCAGAACCAGCCGCAGCAGGUGUAUCAGCCGGCGGUGGGGGCGGGGAACGGGGAUUUGUUGCUGUUGUAA